AUGGCACCAUUCGAGGAAAUGCAGAUUGCUCAGCUCAACCGGUCGAUCCGGACCAUCAAAGCGGAACUCGAAUACUUGUGUGACGCUUCUGUCAUUACACCGCAGCAGCUGUCGUCGCUGUUGUCACAGAUCCCGGCCCAGACUGCCCUGCAUGCGCCCUUGUCCGUUGGUGCCGUGCCUGGCGCCGUUCCCGUCAACAAUGCCGUCCCCGCUGCGCCCAUGGCCAACCUGAACAUCAACAGAGAUGACGAGAAGAAGCAGCCAAACUCCUUCUACCAGCCUUCGCCAGCCCAGACUCCUGCGCCUCCUCCGGCCUAUGCUGCUCCCCCACCAUCGAUGCCCCCGCUUGCUCAGGCCACCGCUCUGUACGCAUACAGUGGCACAGACGCUGGCGAUCUCGAGCUGCAACCCAAUGAUCACAUCAACGUCACUGAAUACAUGAACGCUGAGUGGUGGAAGGGCCGUUCUUCGCGCACUGGUCAAGAGGGCAUCUUCCCUCGCUCCUACGUUCGUGUCGUCGAGAACGCUCCUCCACAAUCUACAAACUAUGGCAACAUGCCUCUUGAGGUCAGCGGACAGGGUGAUGGUAGUGGCAAGGUCCCUACCAAGGGCGAGGAGAUGGGCAAGAAGUUUGGCAAGAAGCUGGGAAACGCUGCCAUCUUUGGUGCCGGUGCUACUAUUGGUGGUAACAUUGUCAACUCUAUCUUCUAG